GUUACUGAGCUGAAAGAAAGCGAUAGUCACAUGUGAAUGAGCAAAUAGGGGAUGCUUUCCAUAUGGGUAACUGUCUGCACCUUGGAUGCACACCAACAACAAUUGAUGCGAUAGCACGGGAAGCGCUCAAGUCUGUUUUCAAGGGUGACUGAUGUUGGUUCCGCUUAAUUCUGUUCUCGUGUCUUCCACUUCUGCAGACCAGCUGUUGAGUUUGGCAGCAUCUGUGGGGGUGUCCUUGGUCCAGCACAAGCCAGGUUUUGGGCCUCUUAGAACUUCUUUGUUCAUCAGCCAGAUGAUUUAUACUAACAGGAGAAAGAAAACAGUACUUAAUGGAAGUCUUCCUUCAAAUGAUCUUACAUUUCUUUGAACAAAAAGAAGUUAGGUUUUACUACAAAUGCAACAUGCUCACUAGUUGCUAAACAGUGUUUUAAAACAAGGUAUUUCGUUAAAUAUCUUUAUAUUUUAUCUUUUAUCUGUCUGUUCCUCUUGACAGCAGAUACAGUAGCCUGGGUGAAACCUCUUGUGGUGGCUAAGGAGAAGGGGCACAGCUAAGGUUGAAGGGAAAAUAAAUAAACACAGCUGUGUUAAAGGUUCCUUUAGAACACGGCAUGACAGAAGCUACAACAGUAAUCCCAAAAUGCCUUACUUUUUAGUCAAGCAGCUUUUUCUCAGUUUCCUGUUGUAUUUUCCUAAUACCAGAUAAAGAAAAUUUCUUGACUAGAAUGUGUUUGCCAAAGGUGAGCUAUGGAUAUAGUUGUAGCUUCACCAGUAGAGGUAGGAUGCUUCCUUGCCCCUCUCCUGGUCUUUUUCAUGUUAAAUUAUUACAAAGACUGGGAGUAAAAAGAAACCCUAUCACACCUCAGGUGGGUUAACUGAUCCGUCCAUGGAUCUGCUCUUCUUACUAGAGAAAAGAAUAGCCUGAGAUCUAGGCUCCUUCAACUGUGUGUGUCCUCCCUCCAUCCUCUGUGGCUGUGUGAGCAGGCAGAGUGAUCUGAGGUCUCUGGGGGAUCCUAUUUGGCCCAUGUGCUCCCUACCUCCCAUCUAGUGGCGCUGAAAACCAGUGGGGUAGAGUGUGACCCCAGUUCAGCCUGGGGCUGCUUCUACCCCCGAGAUGUAAAUAAUGAGCCCAGCCAAAAGUACUAUGCAGCCAAUGGUCAGUCUCAGCUGCCCUUGGAGAUUUACUGCUACCAACUCAUAGCCCACAUGCAUAAACAAAGCUCAGAUAGAGGUGAAAGGGCCUGCAGCUCUCCCAGUUGAUACAACAGCUGCCAAGAAAUCUCUGAGGCUGUGGUUCUCAGGCAUGCAAAGGACUAUGCUGCCCAUUUCUAUUUUCUUUGCUCUCCAACUCCUCCCUUCCACCCCAAACAAAAAUAGCAAUUAUUGGAGAUUUCUCAUAAAGGCUUCAACUGAGACUGCUCCUGUUCCCAUUUGGGCUGGUGGAAAGUUCCAUGUGUUGCUGUGCAGAUAUUGCCACGUUUUCAUUGACUUGAAUCCAGUAGAGCUAAAAGGAAACAUCUGUGGAGCAGGAUAGCUCAGUGUUUGUCCCAGAAAUUAAGUGCUUCUGCUGGGAGUGUCGAGAGGCUGAAAGUUGUAGGCUAGAGACUGGGAGUCUGGGGAGUCCUGCUAGGCUUCUGCUUGUGUUACCCAAAAAGCACUGAGCUGCAGUUUACCUCGUUGUUAGCCUGUUCUUGUAUUUUCCCCUACCUCCCCUAUGUAUCCCAGCCUAAAGGCCUGUUUGAUAGGGACAGGUCCCCGAGGGCCAGGCUUUAAUGGACCUAAGUCAAUUUGAUAGCCAUAACCCCACAGAAAUGCCUCUUAUACUACUCAGGCCCAUGGGCCACAAUGUGGUUCAGAAAUGGCUGUUAUCAGCAACAGAUUGCAGAGAGCAAGGUUUAGAUUUGGGGUGUGAAGCCAAGAGCUGGACUCUGUAAUCCGUAUGGGUGCCUUCCAUCUGAGGAUAUGCUGUGAUUCUGUGACCUGACCUCAGCCACAGUGCCCUGGUUUCCCAGCCAUCAGCAUUUCCCACGAGUUUCAUGGACUUGCAAAUAGGAAAUGGACAAACUGAAAGCUGGGUGCUUUUGCGCCCUUCUCUCUAUAGGGAGUGUGGUGCUUUUGCUUUUCCUUUAAUUAGCUGCAUUCCUAGCUAUCCCAUAACAUGCAUUUUUGCCAUUCCUGCAAAGCAACACUUGACUAUUUGAUGUGCUGCUGUUAAUGACUCCCCAGCGAUAGUUCCAACCUCAGUUUUACCCUCUAAUAAGGCUAAGGUUUUCUUACAAGCUCUAUAAACAUCUCUGUUGUCAUCCUGCUGAUUAAGAUCAGCAAUACGGGCACCCUGGGGUUCUUGAAUCAUGUCACUUGGAGCUCAGAUUUGAUCUCCUGGUUUAGACAGGAACAAUUAGAGCUGCUGAGGCCCCUUUGCUAAUACUAUGCUAAUACCCUCUAAUUCAGCAUCUGCAGCUAUAUGGAAGCAAACCAGUUGCUCAGUGAUGGGGAAGACACUCAACCACCCUGUAAGAUGGCAGAAUGGCUGUCUGCUUACCAGUCCCAAAAUGCUGACUUUUACUUUGGCAAUGUCUUCACUUUGGCUGAUGGUGAGACAGAUGAUUUCUCAGUCUGCUCAGCAAACCUACACAAUUGGGAAUUUCCCCAGAGAUUUAACGUUCAAUUCAGACACGUGGCUACAGUUUUCCUUUGUCUGGUCAGACUUCAGGCUAUGAAUGAUUGGCAGAAAGAAAAGCAGUGAAGACGGGUGGGUCUCCCCCUCGCCCAAUGGAGUCUAUGUGCUCUGAGCAGAAGAGGGGCUGAGUCCUACACCAAAGGAAAUGGGAAGAUGCUGAGCAGCUCCUGGCACUUGAACUCAAGUGGUUUAAUUGGGUUCAGUUUAAGGCCUGGGAAUCUCCUUUAGCACAGAUCUUUCUGAACUGUUGGCCCCUAGAAUGUACAGGGUAUGGAAAAGCUCCCUCCUUAGGCUCAAGGCCAGUUUCCAAGUGCUGGUACUGGAGAGAACGUUUUGGCAAAGUGCUGACUCCUUCAUUUUCCCCAUCAUUGUCCUUAGGAAAACCACCCUUUCCUGAAGUAUUAUCGUGUUCCUUCUCUUGAAACAAUGAUCCAUAGAUUCAGCUCUUUCCAUUUUAACCUGUUCCGAUGUUGUUUAUGCUGGCGGAAAUCAGGACCGAUGCCAACACAAGUUCACAAGGUAGCUAACACCAGAGAUUUUCCUCUGCUCUCCCACAUCCUCAGAAUACAUUUUUACCACUCACCAUUUUCUCUCUUCUGUUCCUUCCUGAAGCUGUUGCAUGGCCCAUGUGUGAAGAUGCUUUCAAAUCUCUGCUGUGCAGGACAGUUCCCAGAGGAGAGGGGUUGCAGCCAUUCUGUGCUCCCACUGCCCUGUGAGGAGCGAGUAUGGCUUGGCAAUGCUGCAGCCUGCCUUUGGGCUGGUAGCAUUGACUUCAGCAGCCAGGGCCAGUGAUUGCCUAUCUCGAUAAUAACCGUGUGAAAGCUGUUAUCUAGUCCACCCCUCUACUUUCCAGCCAUUGUGUGGUGGCACUCGUGCAUUACUUGACUUGGCAAUGCCCACUCUUUUCCUCUGAGCUGGAUCAAAAUCACCUCUGAUCUCGCUGCCCAUUUCCUUGCCCAGCCGGGCACGUAAUCACAGGUCUGCAUCAUUGCCAGGAGCAUCCAGCUUCCUUCCAUGGGCUCCUGCCAGCCACUGUUUUGCUGGCUGAACCCUCUCCAAAUACAGCAUCUCAACCUACUUACUGGGUUUCCCAGAGCCACGUAAGCCUCCACAGUCUUUGGGCAGACUUCCUAAGCACACUCUCUUCUGCUCUGUCCUUUUACCUCAAACCAGUCUCCUUACAGCUAACAGGAGCUGUUGUCUGUCUGACCACAGACCCAUCUUGAAACAAGAGAGUAAAAUACUUUUACUGGAAAGUUGAAAUCUGAAUUUCAGGUUAUAUAUAUAAAUAAUACAAGCAAUAAUAUUGAUUUCUUGGUGUCUUCUUGCAUUCCUCCCUCUGGUUAGCCCUUCUGUGAGUUACCUACUGCUCCCUUCUACCCAUCCCACUCCUCAUUAUCUGUGCUUAAUGAGGCUCCCAGCUGUGGCUCUCCUUGCUGCUUCACAUUCAGCUUCCAGCCUUGAAGGGGAAAGAUUCCAGGAGCUGAAACCUCAUCGUCUUCCAGUUAUAUCAGUUCAUGUAAUGAAGAGGAUUACCUCUACCCACCUCUAUUACAUAACAUAUGCGAUUCACCCCCAUCUCAGAAGUGCUCUAUCUGGCUGAGGUGCCAGCACACAAAAGGCCGCCGAUGUUAUUUAAUGGGAGUCUCAGGCCUCAGCAGAAGAGCUGCUGAGCCUACAAGAAAAUGAAAGGUGACAUUUGGCGUUUGUGGCAGGUGGAAGAAGUCCCACCCCAGGUAAAAACCUGGUUCCUGCUGGCUGCUGCAGGAGGGACCUGUUUGCUGCAAACCACAUGUUGAGAUGGUGCUGGCCAAAAGCCUUUUUCUUUGGGAAGCACAGCCAUCCAAAUUCUGUGGGCAGGAAUCAGGUGUUGUGUUUCACAGAGAGUGUUUCAAUUUUUACCCUGUGUGGCACAACAUGAAUCGGAGAGAUGACAGGAGAGCAAAUCUGCAGCCAAGGAAAACCAGGAGGUGCUGAGCUAACCAAAAGCCUUUUUGGAUGGGGAGAUGCUGCUCGAGUGUCAAGGGAAGGGAACACACGUGGGUGUGAAGAUCUUUGGCACCUCUGAGGCUCCAUCCUCCUUUGGGAGAGGCCAAAAAGGAGGGUGAUAAAUCCCCUCAAAUAUUUGCUCUCUUGCUUGAGUCUGAGUGGGAUUGUGUAUAUGUGUUUGCGGUAAUGGAGUGAAGAUCAAACCCAUUUCCUUGGCUUUGAAGUUUGGACUGCUGCUGAGCCCUGUUCAGGUAGGAGCGAGGGCUUUGCCUGCUCAGCACAGGAGCUGGGCAGUGUGACACAGCUGCAGCCAAACAAAAUCAACAGCAGGUCUUUUUCCACACAUACCCCUUUUUAUCUCAGAUCAUUUAUGCUCGUGCAACUCUAGUGGUUCCCAGUGUGCUGGGCAGCAUCUUGCUUUUGUUUCUUCUCAGAUCAGACUUCAGUUAAUGAUAGCUGUGCAAAGCACUUUGUCCUUCUUCUCUCCAUAGGUGAAUUCAUUCCACUUGCUGGGAGAUUCCCGUUCCUUCCACAGGAAGGACUCACCCCCUGUGAUGCAGCUCCAGAGCAUCUGCAGCUCCCCAAAAACACAGCAGUGAUUUGGGCUUAGGCCACAGAGCUGCCGUGAAGUCACCAUGAGACUCUGUGAGGGCAAAACAUCUUUGUGGCACACGUUCCCAACACCUCAAGACAUACUUACCCUAUUUCACCGCUCAGGGCAAUUUAUAAGCCUUAAGGUUCCCCAUGCUGAGCAGACCCAGAUUCUGUGAGUGGCCAUGGGGAAGAUGCCUGAGUGCUCAACUUGCUUCCAGAGCAGCUUUCCCCUUGUUGGCAAGGGAGUCAAUACUGAGCAUGAACACCCAGAGCUGUCCCCAGCCCCAUGGGCACAAGGAGAAGCAGUGGAAAACACCCACAAGGGCACUGCCCAAGGCCAGAACCUCCCUGUCCUGCACCAUUGCCAGCCUCUGCCACCUGGCUUGGCAUGCAGGGAAAGCUGGGUUGGUUUAACCCCAAGGAGAACAAGCACUGAUGCCACAGAUUCUGAGUUAAAUGAAGGGAGAAAAGUUGGGGGUUUUGUGUGCCACUGUCAUCACUGAAACUUGAGAUCAAUCUCCUGGCGCUGUGCUGAGAGUCAUAGGGAAUCGUUCCAACUCCAUUCCCAACCAUUCCCUUAGGUUCAGCUGAAUUGCCUCUCAUUAGGCUCGUGGGGUUUUGUGUGUGUGUGGUUUUUUUUUAUUACUUUUUAACAAAAACAAGCGACGAAAGCUGGCUGGGCUGCUCUCAGCAUUGGCUGGAGCCGCUUGGGCCCUCCCUGCGGCCGCUGGAAGCUGUGAGCAUCCCGGGGCCAGCUCCUUGGCCAGACGCUGCUGAUUAAAGCCGGAGUGUUGGGCCGAGCACAGUCAGUCCUGCUCAGCUCAGUGCUCGCUAUGGCACUGCGGGGAGCCUGCCUGCUGCUCUGUCUCAUCUCCCUUGCACACGUCUCAGUCCAGCAGAAUGGCAAGGGCAGGCAGAAGCCGGCUGCCUCCAAGAAAGAUGGUGUGAGCCUCAAAAUGAUUGAAGACCUGAAGGCCAUGAUUGACAACAUCUCUCAGGAGGUUGCUCUACUGAAGGAGAAGCAAGCACUUCAGACAGUCUGCCUGAAAGGCACCAAAAUUCACCUGAAGUGCUUCCUGGCGUUCUCUGAGAGCAAGACAUAUCACGAAGCCAGCGAGCACUGCAUCUCGCAGGGAGGCACACUGGGCACGCCGCAGGGUGGAGAGGAGAACGACGCGCUUUACGACUACAUGCGCAAGAGCAUCGGGAACGAGGCAGAGAUCUGGCUGGGCCUCAAUGACAUGGCAGCUGAGGGCAAGUGGGUUGACAUGACGGGUGGCCCCAUCCGCUACAAGAACUGGGAGACCGAGAUCACCACCCAGCCCGAUGGCGGCAAGCUGGAAAACUGCGCAGCCUUGUCAGGGGUGGCGGUGGGCAAAUGGUUUGACAAGCGGUGCAAGGAGCAGCUGCCCUACGUCUGCCAGUUCAUGAUCGUGUAGCGGGGUUCUGCAGAGCUAUAGGAUGGCUAUGUGCACACCCACACACCCACAUGCACCUCCACGUAGCGCUGUGACUGGGGCAGCCCCAUGGCCUGGUAUCAGGUCAGAGCUGCGCUGCCUUUCACUCGGCUGCAUCCAGCCCCAUUUGCAUCCCUCUCCCUAUGGCAUGAUGUAUAGAUAUAUUUUUGUACACGGGGAACUGAUUAGGUGGUUUCGAUGAAGACCUGGUGCAACAGCCCAGCCUCAUCAACAGCCAUGUGGGCUGCCUGGGCUGUUACUCUGCAGCCUCCACCGCCACCUUUCUGAAUCUUGCUGGGACACCGGCAAUGCCAGUCUGUGCCUUCUCCUCCGGCCUCGCUCCCCUGCAGGCCCUGGCACAGGGAUCGGGAUCCUGUCUCAGAGAGCAAAGCGUGUUAUUUCUGCUUUGUGCUCAGAACUGUUGGCCUUGUACCCAAGCACUGUUGGAACUGUUGGCCUAGUAUCAAGGGGCUGUCGUGCUGAGAGGAAAGGUGUCUUUCCCACAUGCAUUCCUCCUUUUUUUUUGAUCCUUUUCUCAUCAGUCAGAAGGAAGUACCUCACUUAUCUCAGUGAGGGAGAUAGUCCCAGCAUCAGAUCUUUCAAAAUUCCUGCCAUAAGUUUUAUUUAUCCUCCUGCACCAUGCAGGAAGCAAUGAUUACUUGCAGCAAUAUAUAAAAUAUAUUCUUGGGAGCAGAAGAUGAAGGCAUUAGGUAAACAAAAACCCUGCAAUGCUAGCUGGUAAUAAGCUGCCCUGUAGAAGACAACUAGCUAUCAAAGACAAACCCCAACAAGGAGGAAGUUCUUUAGGGCCUAUAUUAGCAAUGAAUUACUCCAGUCUUUGUUGGUCAAGGCCCAGUCCUCUGCAAACACAAACGUGCUGAAUACCACGUGCUAGUCAAACUGAAGACCUGACCUUGGUAAAUUUCUGCUGAGAAAAGGGUUGAAAAAACUGAAAUAUAAAUUGGAAUGAUGGGAAGGCAAUCAGCCUUGCCAACUCUGAUUUGCUGACUGCUGGCCAAAGCACACCUGAGGCUCUUUGACACCCAGUGCUUGGUGCUGGCCCAGUUCUUUGGGUUACACAUCCCUAGCAAGGCCAGGCAGAGGGCAGCCUGACAGGAAUCGUAUGUUCAUGGGGAGCCCUCAGGAGAAGUGUUUCCAUUUGCUGCUUUGCCUAAAACCAGCAUGGUGGUGGGGAUCCAGAAUGUCAUGUGGGAGAGCCAAGCUGGAGGGGUCAAAACACACACACACACACAGUGCAUACUUCCCAGGCUGUCAUUAUUGCCAAACUUUCUGCUGUUCAGAUGAAUACGAAAUAAAUAUAUAUUUAGCUUGCUGAAGGAA